AUGGUGGAAUCUCGGUCAUCCUGGGGUCAAGCUACACAGUACCUCCGACCGUUAGCUUUACGACUAAGGUACUCAAUAAGAAGCCUUGCUGAUGGGAUAGUGUAUAGCUGGUAUGACCCACAAUCUCCAGUGAUAAGAUUCGGCGGGUCUAGUGACUUGGUGGGCUACAGAAUAUCUGCCUGCCACGCGCAUUGUCGCUCCACCUCACCCGCAAAACUUGGAAUGCUGCCCCCAAGAGAAAUUUAUGAAGUACGCCAUGAGGCUAGCGACACAAAUGCCGUACGGUACGAAUGGUCCGAACUCGGUAGUAUAAGCUCAGAGCAGUGUCCACAGAAUAUCAAGAGUGGGGUGCCUUUGCUUGUUGGUCAGCCAGCGGAAACUCAUGUAGAAACUUAA